AUGGAGCAACUUGUUCAGCCAUGGAUCUAUCACUGCUCUCCUCCUCUCAGCUGCUCACUUGCUGAAAGGCAUGAGAAUGGGGCAAUGAUGAAGAAAACAUCUGGAGAAGGAAUGGAGACUGGAGUCACGGCAGGCCCACUGCUAGGUGCGAAUGAUGAGUGCGGGCAGUCUCAUCCAGCCCCAUACCAGCCCCCGCCGUUCCCCGGGAUGAGUAUUCUAGACAGGCUCAUCAGGACUUGCCCGGUGUGGUUGCAACUGAACGCCAGAAAGGAGAGGGUGGCAGAAGUCCUCCAGAAGGAGCCACGCGGGACAUUCAUGGUGCGAAAAGAUUGCUCCCUAACAAACAUGGUCCUUUCGGCGAAUUUUCUUGGAGAGGAUGGAACUCCUAAAAUCAUUGACUACUCAAUAAAGGAGGAAAAAUCAAUUAUGUACUUGGAUGGCUCCUUAUUGGUGUUUGAAGAUAUCUUCAAAAUGGUAGCAUUCUAUUGUGUAAGCAGGGAUGUACUGCCAUCACCCUUAAUUCUCCCACAAGUGAUAACGGAAGCAACAAACUCGGAAGAACUGGAAGUUGUUUCACAGCUGGGAAUGGAUUUCUGGACUUCUUAUAUAAACAGAGGGCAUCGUGAAAGGAAUUUGAAAGAUUCGAAGGACUUGAACAUUUUUAAUCGGCAGACUCAUAACUCGGCAGCUGCUCUACAUUUGGCCGCUGACAAAAGUACAUGCUCAUGUGAGAUUGAACUGUCAGCAGGAAAUGACAAGUUGUGGUUUGUCAAUCCUGUGUUUAUAAAAGAAUACUGCAGCGCUGCCCCUUCAUCUGUGCCACCUCCAGAGCAAGGCUCAAGCCCAACGAGUAACAGGGAUCUCAAAGUGAGGAGACCUCCACCCCUGCCUCCCCGUCCAAAGCCAUCAGAGGUAGCCGCUGCGAUGUCCAACAUAUGCUGGGAGAAUAGCCAGUCGCCGCAGGGUGGGGAGCCCGAGAAAAAUGCAGAAGUUUGCAUCGCAAAGAAGCAAGAGAGUUUGGCCGAGCCGAUAGUCGGGGGGAAAGACGUGGAAGUGGGGGCAGAGGGCGUUAAAAUGCACCACCCCGACCACUUGCCGCCAGUCCCACCAAGGCGCCGGCCUUCAGAGAAGCUGCUCACAGACACUACAGGCCACAAGGAAGAGGAGCCGGUACACAGCAAUGGUAACACGCAGAGUGACGAGCUAUCAGAUCAAAGUUGCAUGGCGAGUGAGCAGAACAUGUUGGUGAGUGAGGAAACCACUAAUGUUGAUGGUAUCAGUAACUGCACCCCUAUUGGACCCAGCACUGAGCAUCAGAAACUACUGUGCCAGUCAGCGCCCAUUGCUCCUCCCAGGAGGAAGAAAACUGCCAGGAAAGAAGCUGGACAAGGAGACACUGUCGCAGCUGAGGACAGCAAAACGCCAAUGAGGCCCAAGUUAGAGACGGUGAAAGAUUUGUCAGAAGAUGCUUCAGACACCUCAACCCAAAGCUUAACUAGUGCUGACAGCAGAUCGGUUGAACCAUGGAACCUGAACGAGCUGAAACUUGCUGAUGUGUCCCUGUACUCUCCUGACAGUUCUGUCCUCAGCCCCAUUGCAGAAGUAGACUCUUAUUCAACCAGCAGCACCGAGGAAGAGGUGGAUUCGGCGAAUACCCCGCCGCAACUGAAGAAGCAACGUCACUCGAUGAUGCUGGGCAAGGCGAGGAACAGGUUGUCCAUCAUGGCACUGACCAACGUUUUGAAUGCCUUCCGUUCCAGGGACAGAAAGGUUCUGAGGAAAAUAACAGAACUUGCUCAGGAGAAGGGGUCCUACUUUGGUCAGUUGAUCCAAGAUUAUCGAGCCUACACUCUGGAAAUGAUGAGCAAUCAGACGGCAAGCACAGAAAUGCUGCAGGAGAUACGACAGAUGAUGACACAGCUCAAAAGCUACUUGUUACAAAGCACAGAGCUGACCGUAAUUAUGGAUUCAUCGUAUCAGUCUGAAGAUAAACUAGAGGCCGUUGUGGAAGCAGCAUUGUGUAAAUGUGUUCUGAAACCCCUGAUGGACAACAUCAAUACCCAGUUACAAGAGAUUCAUUCCAAAAAUGGCGAUCUGAAGCUUCUGAAAGAAAAUCAGCAGAUAGUGCUGAAUACAACGACCACCGAUUUGGGUGUGACCACCAGUGUGCCAGAAAUGAGUGUCCUGGAGAAGAUCCAGCAGAAGCUCAGCAUCAUGCACCAGACCUACUCCCCAGACAAGAAGGUCACCUACCUGCUCAAGUUCUGCAAAAUGAUUUAUGAGUCCAUGGCAGCUGGAAAUAAUGCGAAGUCUUAUGGGGCAGAUGACUUUCUCCCUGUGUUAAUGUACGUGCUGGCGAGGAGCAACUUGACAUCGCUACUUCUGGACGUGGAAUAUAUGAUGGAGUUACUGGAUCCUUCAUUACAUUUAGGAGAAGGGUAUUAUUAUCUAACUACCACCUACGGAGCCUUGGAACAUAUCAAACACUUUGAUAAGCAAGCUGUUACUCGCCAGCUCAGUCAUGAGGUCCAGGAUUCAAUUCACCAGUGGGAGAGAAGGAGGACUCUCAACAUGAAGCAACUGUCCCGGUCAUCAAUGCAGGAUUUCCUGAGCGUAUCCUUUUUGGAGUUUGGGUCCAACAUCAAAACGUUUGCCAUAAACCCAGAGGUAACUGCGGAGAAGUUGUUGGAGCAGUGCGCUGUAAAGUUUGGUGUCUCCGAAUCCUCAGGCCACUGCUUGUACCUCGUGGUGGAGGAGAAGAGCAUGCGACUGGCCGCAGACGCAGUCCCUCACCAACUCAAGUCUGGACUCCGGAAGAUGCAUCCACAAAAAGACUAUUACUUCAUAUACAAGCGGGCAGACCAGCCAGAAGAGACGGAAGCCCCCCCCAUUAACGACCUCCCUCCUUUCUGAUGCCCCUUUCAUUUCAUGAUAGUCCAUGGUUUCGUAAAUCGAAUCCAAACGCUGGAAAUCUGAAAUCAGCAAAUGCAGGAAAUUUGCCACAGAACUGCCAGCAUCUUAAAGCAAAACCUGGGACCACAUUUCAGUUCUGACCUUACAUAGGAACUUCAGUAUAUUCUCCCCCUUGCUAGUGUAGGACUUAAUAUCUCAGUUUUCCAAUAUUUUUUAACCAAUAUUAAUUAUUUAUAUCUUUUAUUACAAAUGUGAAUAAAAUCUUGUUUCCCUUUUGGUUCCACGCUUGCUGCUCAAGCCAUUAUUUUAAAUGGAGGCUUGCAAGGAGAAUGUCUGCUGUAUUUGUCAGAUUUGAAUGAAUCAAAACGCAUUAAAGCAAGAGAAUGAAA